AUCUAUAGACUCUCCAUGCAAGUUAUCCUCUCCUUUUUUUUCCCCUUCAAAAAGGCAAUCUCACUUCAUUAAUUCUCGUAAACCGAUCGAACCCUACAUGAUAAGUUUUCUUUGGUAAAAGGUUAAUUUCCCUACCUGAUCAUAAUUUGAUCGUUAAAUCUUUUCCAGUAAAGAUGCCAACUCGUUUCGGUUUGUCACCAAGGUUCUUGUUACUCUUUCUCACGUUUUUAUCAGGAACAAAAUGGUCUGAAUCAGCUCGAGUAUUCACGAUCGUGAACUCAUGUGACCAAAAGAUCUGGCCGGCCAUAACUCCCGGAGAAAACUUCAACGGCGGAGGAUUCGAGCUCAAACCGGGUCAAUCCAUCGUGUUCACCGCACCAGUAGGCUGGUCAGGCAGAAUUUGGGGACGAACCGGCUGCAAAUUCGACUCAACCGGAACCGGAACCUGCGAAACCGGUUCAUGCGGCUCAACCCUAAAAUGCUCAGCCUCCGGAAAACCACCGGCUUCACUAGCCGAGUUCACAUUAGCCGCAGUAGAUUUCUACGACGUGAGCCUCGUCGACGGAUUCAACCUCCCAAUGGCGGUAACUCCGAUGAACGGAAAAGGAAACUGCAGCGUGGCUGGAUGCGUCGCUGAUCUUAGGCCACAUUGUCCGUCGGAGCUCGCCGUUAAAUCAAACGGAAAAGUGAUAUCGUGUAGGAGUGCUUGUGAUGUGUUUGAUAGAGAUGAGUAUUGUUGCAGAGGAGUUUAUGGGAACCCCGUGGUGUGUCAACCAACAUAUUACUCAAAGAUCUUCAAGCAAGCUUGUCCUACUGCUUAUAGUUAUGCGUAUGAUGAUCCGACCAGUAUCUUCACUUGUUCCGCCGCUGAUUACAUCAUCUCUUUCUGUUCCUCCAGGAAGAAGCCAGUGUGCACGUACCAUGAUAACAAGCUGGGAUGCAGCAACGGAUUCAGGACCAUGACUGGGGGAUUCUGGCUUGUAUUGAUAUUUUCUCUUGUUGUUUUUAGUUAAGAAUAUGGCGUCUCGUAACUUUAGAUAAAUAAGGUUUUUUUUUUUUCCUCUCGUGGAAAAUUUCUCAUUUGUUCAUAUUUAGAUUUCAUGUGUUGGUAAAUGUAAGGUUUGUUGAGUGUGAUAGAAACACACAUAACUGCAGGUCAAAAUGUAAUCGUAUAAUGAUGGUCAAAACUGUGAAAUUCAAAACUUCAGGUCAAAAUUACGAAAUAUCUAAAAUAGCAGAUAAAAAC